ACCUUAUUGCAUAGAAAAGCUUCGGUACAUUAAAGCAAUGUCGUAUAGGUGCAAAUAAGUCGUCUACUUGCAACCAGAGGGUAUGGACUCCAAUUAAAUGACCAAUUUAUUCCACAUACAUGUAAAUACAAGUCAUUGACUGAAAUUUUAAAAUGAAGUUUCACGUUUGGCCUCUCCUUAAUCAAAACAUUGCAUACAAAGCCUGAGAAAUUGUAACAAAUUCUAAUUCCCUCACAGGGACAAACCAUUUGCUUAUACCUAAUCGGAAUGAUAAACGAAUUGCCAGUUUAUUGAACCUCUUUUAUUGAAAAAAAAAAUAUCGGUGUAUAACAAGUUCACGAGUCUCGCUUAAAUACUAAAAUCUCUCGUGUUCCUUUCAGUUAAUAGCCUCAUUCGGUUGUUCAUCCUCAUUCAGCUUCAUGCGGUUGUUCCCAGUUACUCUCGAGGGGAUCCCAAUAAUUGCCGUACCUGCUCGCACAAUACUGUGUACAGUAACCUGGGUGUCUUGCGUCUCCGUCGUAGGAAUAGAACGCCAACGCACCGCCUUUUCCCGACCCUCUGAAGCCCGGCAUGUCUUUGUACAGUCGGUCACAUCCCAGACACUGCAGUUUUGAAUCGUUGCAUUUUUGUUGACAACCUUGACAGUGUUCCCUUUGCGAUGUGGGCUCUGAUGUACCAUGCUUCGUGGUCUUCAUGUUAUUUGGUAAAUAAACGCCUUCAGACGGCUGGUAUGUCGGCUCAUAAAUGUGCGCGGCUGAGAGAUUGCCCGAAAAAUGAAUCUUUGGCCGGGAAGCGAAGGUUCGAGGGUUUCUGAUCAUUAUCUUAGUCUCGCACGAAAAGCGUGGGGUCUGACUUUGUCGGGGCCUGCUAUUGUAAUCUCGAACAAAAAGCGUGGGGUCUGAGUCAUGUUCUGGGCCUGAUAAUAUAGUCUCGCACGAAAUACGUGGGGUCUGACAUUGUCGGGGCCUGAUCGUAGUCUCGCACGAAAAGCGUGGCGUCUGAGAUUGUAGGUGUCAUGUUCGGGGCCUGAUAUUGCAGUCUCGCGCGAAAAACGUGGGGUCUGACAUUGUCGGGGCCUGAUAUUGUAAUCUCGCACGAAAAGCGUGGGGUCUGAGAUAGUACUAUCUUAUUAAAGUGCGGUAUCGGAUGUGGAUGCUCAAGGCCUGAUGUUGUAGUUUCGCGCCUAACUGUGACACACAUCACAUCUUGUCGAAAGAUCCAAGUUUGAAAUCACCUAUCAAACGUUCGAAUGCCUAAAAAUGUCGCCUUUUUCGGGUUUAAUACUAAAGUCUCGCGCGAAAAUUGUGGAGUCUGAUAUCUAAUAUCGUUUGUUUCAUGUUUGGGAAGUUAUAAGUUCUAUCUCCGUCGAGAAAGCGCGAGGUUCAUCCUCUGCGACUUAUAGGUUAGUCUCACGCUGAACUCAUACAUAUGUUAUAUGUUGAAGCCUUGCGCUCAGAAGGCUAGGGGCCUGAUACGCCAUAUUCUGGGCCAAAUAUUUUAUUAUCAGUACUAUAAUAUCGUAUGAGAGUUUUGUGUUCGGGGCGUGAUAUUCUAGACUUACAUUGUGUUUGCGGGUUCGAAUUAGUACAUGUAUUUUCUAUGCACGGGGAUAUUGUAGGUUUUCUUAAUAUGAAACGCGAGGCAUCUCGGUGAUAUCUUGCUAUCCGAAUAGCGCGACCUUUUUAAUAUUCUUCGUUCGGAUGUUCGAGAUUCUUAUAUGCUUGUCUCCCUUCUGAAUUCUCUGUUAUUGUGGGCCUGACUUAGCAUCUCGAUAUGAGUAAGAAGAAGGGGAGAGGGGCCUGAGAUUGAGGGUCUAAGGUGGAGGGUCUGAGACGCGGGGUGUGAGGUGAAGGGUCUCAGGUGGGGGGCCUGAGAUGGUGGUUUGAGAUGGGGACCUGAAAUGGGGGAUCUGAGAUGGGGGGCCUGAGAUGGGGAAAACUUUCCAAACCCUGCUCUCACGCUGGAUCAGGGUUUCUGAGCGCUUUCAAUAGCAACAUCACUGUAAAUAAUGAAAUUGAAUACAUGUAUACUUCCCUGCUAUUGAAUACAUGUUACUUCCCUGCUAGCAGAGGCUCUUUUCUUGGUGUUCGCUGCGAACACCAGGAAAAGAGCCUCUACUAGCAGGGAACUCUGUUACCAGAGCGACCGUGAAUGUAGGCGAUAAUUUGCCAGACUAAAGCUAAGAUCAUCAUCAAAAAGCCAGUGGAUACAUGAUUAGUCGGAUCCUCGUAGAAUGGAGACCGAGGAAGCACCUCAAGAGACCUUCCGCAAAAGGUUGACAGUUCCCAGCGGAUUUAGAAACUUGCUUGAAGGCCUAACUGUGGAAAUUUUGCGUUCGAAUCCAGCCGACAUUUACAAAUUUGCCGCGGAGUAUUUCGACGCGAAGUUAAAAGAGCGUCAAGAGAGAGGGUAUGAUGAUUGCCUGCUGGGGUCGCAGAUCGAUGGAUAUUACAGGUACGAGCCUUUGGGAGGCAAACGAGAAGAACUUGAUAAAGCGGCCACUAAAAUUCAAGCAACGUUCCGUGGGCACAAAGCAAGGCAAGAAGCACAAACCUCUGAAAAGACUGGGAACAAUAAAAAUCUCGGAAAGGGUAAACUGCCGCUGAACACUGCUGGCAGUUUUGGCGGGAAAGAGUACGGCGGGAAAGAACACGCGGCUGCCACUAGCAUACAAGCUGGUUACCGUGGUUACUACACUCGUAAGAAAUUAAGAGCGCGAAACGAAGCUGCGACAACAAUCCAGGCUGGUUAUCGAGGCUAUGCUGUUAGAAAAGGCUUGCAAGAUAACGACGUUUGGACCAAACCGCUGGACGAGGAUAGCAAGGAUGUUGCGACAAAUGAGGAGGAAGAAGCAGCCGCCAUUAAAAUACAAUCUGCAUUUAGAGGACAUCAAACCAGGAAUGCAAUUCGCGGUGAGCUGAAAAGUAACUCUCCAGCUGAUCGAGGGAUCGAAGACUCAUCUCUCAAAGAUGGCAGCGUAGCAAAUGAACAAGGCUAUGAGGAACAGAAAGCAAAUGAUUCUACAGAAACAGAUAAAGACGAAGCUGCGACUAAAAUCCAGUCAAGCUACCGUGGUUAUUACACUCGCAAACAGUUUAAACAAAAGAGCGCGGCAGCGACGACCAUCCAAGCCCAUUACAGAGGUUAUCGGGUGCGCGAAAUGCGGCGCGCCAAAUCUGAGGCAGCCGUCAAGAUACAAAGUUACUACCGAGGCUACAAGACGAGGGAAAGACUGGGUAAGCGCCAUUCCACGAAAACAUUCCUCGACGUUUCAACCCAAGACGAGUUUGCAUUGCAUAGGGAUAGUCGGACAUCCUUUAGUCUUCCCGAAGGUGUUAAGUUCGAAGGAAACCUGGACGAAGACAGUGACGCAGAGAUUGAUAAAAUGGUGGACAAAUUGACAGCCAUCAAAGAAGCCUCAUCUCCUGAAAAUGCAGAAGAAAAACACGAUGGUUAAUUGACAAUGAGGAUAGACUUCACUUCC